AUGGCAGAACUCCUCCUGGGGGAGGCGAAGCUGGAGCAGCACCUGAAGGGGCACCCCCUGCGGCAGGGGGCCAGUCCCCGAGGCCCCAGGCCCCAGCUGACUGAGGUCCGCAAGCACCUGACGGCAGCCCUGGACCGGGGGAACCUCAAGUCAGAAUUCCUACAAGAAUCCAAUCUGAUCAUGGCCAAGUUGAAUUAUGUGGAAGGUGAUUUUAAGGAAGCUCUGAACAUCUAUGCCCGGGUGGGCCUCGAUGACUUGGCGCUGACCGCCGUCCCUCCAUACAGGCUGCGGAUGAUUGCCGAAGCCUACGCUACCAAAGGACUGUGUUUAGAGAAGCUGCCUAUUUCAUCUUCUACCAGUAAUCUCCAUGUGGACCGGGAGCAGGACGUCAUCACCUGUUACGAGAAAGCUGGGGACAUUGCACUCCUGUACCUCCAAGAGAUAGAAAGGGUAAUACUUACUAAUAUUCAGAACAGAAGCCCUAAGCCUGGCCCUGCUCCCCACGAUCAAGAACUAGGUUUUUUCCUAGAAACAGGACUUCAGAGAGCCCAUGUCCUCUAUUUCAAAAAUGGGAACUUGACAAGAGGAGUCGGGAGAUUUAGAGAGCUUCUCAGAGCAGUAGAAACAAGAACAACCCAAAACCUGCGAAUGACAAUAGCCAGGCAGUUGGCAGAGAUCUUGUUGCGAGGUAUGUGUGAGCAGAGCUACUGGAACCCCCUGGAAGACCCCCCCUGCCAGUCACCCCUGGAUGACCCACUCCGGAAAGGAGCAAACACCAAAACCUACACGCUGCCUCGAAGAGCCCGAGUCUACUCAGGAGAGAACAUUUUUUGUCCUCAAGAAAACACGGAAGAAGCCCUGUUGUUGCUGCUGAUUAGUGAAUCCAUGGCCAAUCGAGAUGCUGUGCUGAGCAGGAUACCGGAGCACAAGAGCGACCGCCUCAUCAGUCUGCAGAGUGCAUCCGUGGUCUAUGAUUUACUGACUAUUGCUCUUGGGAGAAGAGGCCAGUAUGAGAUGCUGUCUGAGUGCUUAGAAAGAGCCAUGAAGUUUGCCUUCGAGGAGUUCCACCUGUGGUACCAGUUUGCCCUGUCACUGAUGGCUGCUGGAAAAUCUGCCCGGGCUGUGAAGGUGCUGAAGGAAUGCAUCCGGCUGAAACCCGACGAUGCCACUAUCCCGCUCCUGGCUGCCAAGCUGUGCAUGGGCUCCCUUCACUGGCUGGAAGAGGCUGAGAAGUUUGCCAAAACCGUCGUGGAUGUGGGAGAAAAAACGUCAGAGUUCAAGGCCAAAGGCUACUUAGCCCUGGGGCUCACCUACAGUCUGCAGGCCACUGAUGCUUCCCUGCGAGGCAUGCAGGAGGUCCUGCAGAGGAAAGCGCUGCUUGCAUUUCAGAGGGCCCACAGCCUGUCUCCCACAGAUCACCAAGCAGCUUUCUACCUGGCUCUGCAGCUGGCCAUCUCCAGACAGAUACCUGAGGCUCUCGGGUACGUCCGCCAAGCUCUCCAGCUUCAAGGCGAUGAUGCCAACAGCCUGCACCUCCUUGCCCUCCUCCUGUCAGCACAAAAGCAUUACCACGACGCCCUCAACAUCAUCGACAUGGCCCUGAGCGAAUAUCCAGAAAAUUUUAUACUACUGUUUUCCAAAGUGAAGUUGGAGUCGCUCUGCCGGGGCCCGGAUGAGGCACUGCUCACCUGUAAGCACAUGUUACAAAUAUGGAAAUCCUGCUACAACCUGACCAACCCCAGUGACUCUGGACGUGGUAGCAGCCUCUUAGACAGAACCAUCGCUGACAGACGACAGCUUAAUACAAUCACUUUGCCAGACUUCAGCGAUCCUGAGACAGGCUCCAUCCAUGCCACGUCAGUAGCAGCCUCAAGAGUGGAGCAGGCACUGUCGGAAGUGGCCUCGUCUCUGCAGAGCAGCGCCCCUAAACAGGGCCCACUGCACCCCUGGAUGACCCUGGCACAGAUCUGGCUCCAUGCAGCUGAGGUCUACAUCGGCAUUGGAAAGCCCGCAGAAGCCACAGCCUGCACCCAAGAAGCUGCCAACCUCUUCCCCAUGUCCCACAACGUCCUGUACAUGCGGGGCCAGGUGGCUGAGCUCCGAGGAAACUUCGAUGAAGCCCGGCGGUGGUAUGAAGAAGCCUUAUCCAUCAGCCCCACCCACGUGAAGAGCAUGCAGCGACUGGCCCUGAUCCUUCACCAGCUAGGCCGCUACAGUCUGGCAGAAAAGAUCCUCCGGGACGCUGUCCAGGUGAACUCGACAGCCCACGAGGUAUGGAACGGGCUGGGUGAGGUCCUCCAAGCUCAGGGCAACGAUGCGGCGGCCACUGAGUGUUUCCUGACAGCCUUGGAGCUGGAGGCCAGCAGCCCUGCUGUGCCCUUCACCAUUAUCCCCCGUGUGCUCUGAGCCGGCCGCCUGCCUCACCCGCCCUGCAGACCACAGAGGCCCUGCGUGGGCCACCAGGGGACGAAUCUGCCACAUGGAGGCCCUGGACAGGUGUUCCGCUGACCACAGUGAACUCACCAAGCCACCCCCAAAUCAUCGCUCUCUCCUCGUGCAUUAAUUUCUCUCAUUGUUCUUUGCCAGCCCAAUGAUAGUUUCAAAUCUCCAAACGUUGUUCAAAAUGGAUCAUUAUGUGCCAUAUUUGUUUGGUUAGUUGACAUCUGAGUUUAAGUAAAAUGAUUAUGGAAUUAAUCAGUAAAUAUAGAAGAAUAUAUUCCAAGUUAAAAAAAAUUCAGUGGCAGAACAGAUUAUUUUUAUCAGAGCUGUAAAGAAAGCAACUGUCCUGUCCUCUGUCCCCUCCUGCCUCCCCUCCUCCUCCUUGGCCCAGAAACCAAAUGUGAAUCUUCUGUUCCCACCUCAGUACCAGUCCAUGCCAGGACACCAGCUGACAACUUCUUGGUUCUAUUGUCAAUAAUUGUACCAUGUGAUAAAUAACUGUUCUCUUUACUUAGAACAAAGCCUGAGUCCAAGAAUAUUUAUAUUUUACCAAUAUAUGCCUGUUACAAGAGAAGGAAAAUAUGAGUUAUUUAAGUUUAACUUUUUUAUGUGAAUUCAGAGUUUAUUUAUCGAUGGAAAUAUGUACAAAGAAGCUUCAAAUGGAAUAUUUACCGACAUUCCUUAUACACAACAGACACUUGGCUAAAUGGGAAGAUGAUGUUAAUAAAAAAAUAAUAAUUUUUAAAUGGA